CCGUUUCUUGUUUUUCUAGAAGAGUCGAGCAGGCGGAUGCAGCCCCCCCUGAACCCAGCUGUGUCUCCAUGAAGAGUGACUCUUCUAUGCAUCAUCCUUUUAACUUUAAAGAUGGAAAUGAUCUACCUUCUAAGAAAAGGCGGCUGCCGAAGGCUCACUUCGCUGGACCCAGCUGUUUACCAAUGAGGAGUAACAUUUCUUUUGGUGGACUGAUUAACUUGAAAGAUGGACGCCACUCAAGAGAGGAGAGAGCACAACAAGAGAGGUCAAAAGUUACCAGUGCACAGCAUCAAACAGAGCUGAUCAAGAGGGCUGAGGAGAACGCACAUGCUUUUCUAGACCAGGAGAUGAAGAAGGUUUGGAGUCUUCUCUUCCCAAAUUACCCACAAAGCUCAGCUAGUCAGAAGGAGGAGGAGGAUGGAAAGAACGUGAAGCAGAGGAGGCGUGCCAUAGAGGGAGUAGUAGACAUCACAAAGCUCUGCCUGAUGGAGAUGAACCGGGAGGAUCUUGCCGACACUCUUUGGGGCGGAAUUGCUGCUGUUGAGUGCCAACAUAAACUCAAGGAUCAUAUGAUUAUGAAGUUUAGGUCUGUGUCUGAGGGAAUCGCGAAAGCAGGACAGCAAACAGGUCUGAAUGACUUCUACACAAAUCUCCACAUCACAGAGAGAGGCAGUGGAGAGAUCAACAAGGAACAUGAGGUUAGACUGAUUGAAAAAGCUUCCAGGAAACCAGCCAAGAAGGAGACCCCAAUCAGACGUGGCGACAUCUUUAAACCUUUACCUGGACAAGAUCAACCAAUCAGAACAAUGAUGACAACUGGAGUGGCCGGUAUUGGUAAAACUAUCUUAACAAACAAGUUCACCCUGGACUGGGCUGAAGAAAAAGCCAACCACAACAUGCACUUCAUAUUUCUCCUCACUUUCAGAGAGUUGAAUUUACUUAAAGGGAAAAAGUUUAGCUUGGUGGAACUUCUUCAUCACUUCUUUAUUGAGACCAAAGAAGCAGGAAUCUGCAAAUACGACCAUUUCCAAGUUGUCUUCAUCUUGGAUGGUCUGGAUGAGUGUCGACUUCCUCUGAACUUCCAGAACAACCAGAUCUGUACUGAUGUCACAAAGCCGACCUCAGUAGACGAACUGCUGACAAGCCUAAUCAGGGGCUACCUGCUUCCCACUGCUCGCAUCUGGAUAACCACACGCCCUGCGGCAGCCAAUCAGAUCCCUGCUGAGUGUGUUGACAUGGUUACAGAGGUGAGAGGGUUCACCGACCCACAGAAGGAGGAGUACUUUAGGAAGAGAUUCAAAGAGGAGACGCAGGCCAACACAAUCAUCUCCCACAUCAAGACAUCUAAAAGCCUCUACAUCAUGUGUCACAUCCCAGUCUUCUGUUGGAUCAGUGCUACAGUUCUGUUGGACUUCAUCGAAACAUCCUUGAAUGGAGAGAAAAUGCCCAAUACCAUGACUCAGAUGUACAUCCACUUCCUGCGGGUUCAGUCCAUACAGGCGGACAAGAAGUAUCAUGGGAGAGCUGAAACAGAUCGACACUGGAAUUCAGAGAGCAGGAAGAUCAUUCAUUCUCUGGGAAAACUGGCUUUUAACCAGCUCAAGAAUGGCAACCUGAUCUUUUACGAUGAAGACCUUGCAGAGUGUGGCAUCAAUAUCAAAGAAGCCUCAGUGUACUCAGGAGUGUUCACCCAGAUCUUUAAAGCGGAGUGUGGUCUGUAUCAGGAAAAGGUGUUCUGCUUUAUCCAUCUGAGCAUCCAGGAGUUUUUGGCUGCCCUUUAUGUCUUUCUCACCUUCAUCGACACUGAUUUAAAUCUGCUCUCAGAAGUACCAACCACCUCUGGGAAAGAUAAACUCCUCCUCCUCUACCAGAGUGCUGUGGACAAGGCCUUACAGAGUGAGAACGGACACAUGGAUUUGUUCCUCCGCUUCCUGCUGGGCCUCUCUCUGGAAACAAAUCAGAAUCUCAUACAAGGUCUACUGGUAAAGCCAGGAAGUAGCUCACUGACCAAUGAGGGAAUAGUGUCUUACAUCAAGAAGAAGCUGGAUGGAGAUUACUCUCCAGAAAGAAGUAUUAAUCUGUUGCACUGUCUGAAUGAGCUGCACGACCAUUCUCUACUGAAGGGGAUCCAACCGUACCUGACAUCAGGAAGUCUCUCCAGAGUAUCUCUCUCCCCUGCUCAGUGGACGACUCUGGUCUACAUCAUGCUGUCAUCAGAAGAGGAGUUGGACGUGUUUGACCUGAAGAAACACUUUGCUUCAGAAGAGGGUCUUCUGAGGCUAAUGCCAGUGUUGAAAGCUUCCAAAACAUCUCUACUGAAUGGCUGUAAUCUGUCAGUGGCAUGCUGUGAAGCUCUGGCCUCAGUUCUCAGAUCCAACUCUAGUCUGAGAGAGCUGGACCUGAGUACCAAUGAUCUGCAGGAUUCAGGAAUGAAGCUGCUCUUUGCUGGACUGGGGAGUCCACGCUGUAAACUGGAAACUCUGAGGCUGAAUGCCUGUAAUCUGUCAAAGGCAUGCUGUAAAGCUCUGGCCUCAGUUCUAAGCUCAGACUCCUCCAGUCUGAGACAGCUGGACCUGAGUACCAAUGAUCUGCAAGAUUCAGGAGUGAAGCUGCUCUCUGCUGGACUGGGGAGUCCACACUGUACACUGGAAACUCUCAGGUUGUCUGGCUGCCUGGUCACACAGAAAGGCUGUGCUUCUCUGGCCUCGGCUCUGAACUCCAACCCCUCCCAUCUGAGAGUGCUGGACCUGAGCUAUAAUCACCCUGGAGGCUUAGGAGCUGCGCUGCUCUCUGCUGGACUGGAGGAUCCAGGCUGGAGACUGGAAACUCUCAGUUUGGAGCACGGUGGAUUGUUGAGGCUGGAACCAGCUCUGAAGAAGUAUGCCUGUGAACUCACACUGGACCCGAACACAGCCUUCAGAGAACUCUCUCUGUCUGAGGACAACAGAAAGGUGACGGAGGUUAGAGCGGAGCAGUCGUAUCCUGAUCACCCAGAAAGAUUUGACGGUUUUUUUCAGGUGUUGUGUAGGGAAGGUCUGACUGGCCGCAGUUACUGGGAGGUAGAGUGGGAAGGAGGUGUUUCUAUAGGAGUGACAUACAGAGACAUCACAAGGACCGGAGGGGGCCAAGAAAGCUUUCUUGGAGGGAACAACAAGUCCUGGAGUCUUUAUUGUGAUGAGAAUGGUCUUCACACUGCCCGGCACGACGGUAGACAAACAGACAUAAGUUUCCCCCCCCCUCCCUCUAACAGAGUAGGAGUGUAUAUGGACCGGCCUGCUGGCACUCUGUCCUUCUACAGAGUGUCCCUAAACACACUGAGACACAUCCACACCUUCCAGUCCACCUUCACCGAGGAGGACCUCCUGCCUGGGUUUGGGUUAUGGAGGUAUGGUGCUUCAGUGUCUCUGUGUCGGUUGUAGAUACACACACACACACACACACACACACACACACACACACACACACACACACACACACACACACACACACACACACUGCAUUUGUUAGCAAGACACUGAGACCCCUUUAGUUAUCUUUAUUACACGGCUCUUCUUAAUGCUGUAGAAUGCUCCGUUCACUGACAUGGGCCUUCCCAACGUUCGGCGGUUAAUUAUUUUUCGAUAAUUGACCGUUGCUAACAGUGUUUGUAAUAACGCAGUUUAAAAGAAAGGCGUUAGGUAAUGCCGUUAUUUUUUCAGUAACGGAGUAAUCUAACUAAUUACUGUUUCCGUCGUUACAACGCGGUUACCGUAACUGUACGUUAAAUGUGGUGCGUUACUAGUAUGAAUUGAUUGAAUAAUCUGCGUAAUUCGAACGCAGGUUAACAACGAGAUAAGCGAUUAUGAUUGGUUAAGGCAGAGUCAUGUUUCAUGGUAGCCAAUCGGAGCCAGUGUUUUUACACACAAGCCAGGACACGCGCGCCAUACACACACGCAAACGCCCACA